CUGGGCCGGAGCCGGGAGCGGAGCCCGCAGGAGGGCCGGCAGCAUGGCUGGGCGCACAGUGCGCGUGGGGGGGAUCCCAACAGACCUCCCGCCAGAGAGAGUCGCCGACAAGCUCACCAUCCACUUCCUGCGCGCCCGCAACGGCGGCGGAGAGAUCGCAGACAUCGCGCUGCUCGCUGGCCCCCCGGCCUGCGCCCUCGUCACCUUUGAGGAAGCGGGAGUGGCUCAGAGGGUCCUGGAGGUGGAGAACCACGUUUUGUUGGUCGGUGGAAAGACGUACCCGCUGACAGUGACAGCGCAUGCGGCCGAGCUGAGCCCUGACGAGAUCUUCGUGCGCGUUUGUAUGAUCAUCGACUACGGGAGGCUCCUGGAUGGCAAAACCCUCCUGAGAAGCCUGCGCAAACGUUACGGCGCCGUGCAGUUCAGCUUCGACCCUAAGGAGACGCUGUGCACGGUCAAGGGGCCGUUCACAGAGCUGCAGGCCUUCAGCAAGGAGCUGCUGAGGAGCCAGCAAGCUGGAGAGGCCCCCCCAGAGGGAGUCAGCCACCCCGCCACAGGCACAGGGGUGUCCGCUUCCCAGCAGAGGCCCAGCUCCCCCUUGCCAGAGCCCAGGGUGGAGAAGCAGCCAAGUCCGGGCCACGUGCACGAGGAGGCGUCUGAGCCCCGGUUGCACAGGGACCCUGUGGACGGAGAAGCUGUGGAGCAGCUGGAGGACUUCUCCCUGGUGAUGGACGCAGAUAUCUACCUGUACAUGCAGAAGUUCUGCAGUGACAAGUACCAGCGGGUGCUGCACCAGCACCAGGUCGACGUGGUGGACGUCAGCAGCGACGGCAUCGCCAUUCUCUACCUCCAGGCCUCCUCCAAGAACACAGGGGACAUCAGCUCCGUGGUGCAAGCCCGCCUGGCGCUGCUGCACCUCUAUCAGCAGCUGGAAGCCAGUCUGCGCAAGGAGAAGAUCAGCAAGGGGGAGCUGAGCAGUGACAUGCGGUCUCAGAGGGCCUUGCUAGGGGACCUGCAGAAACUCUGCCCCCUGCUCCUUUGUCACGAAGACGAGCGACAUCUCUAUCUCAUCGGGAAUCUGGUCGAUGUCUCCCAGGCCAAACAAUACAUCCAAGAUCGAAGUCCUGGGAGAACAGCCACAGCCGGCCUCAGGACGUCCAACGGCUCCCUGGCCACAUACACAGCCGCUCUUCAUGGAGGGGAUGCCAGACUGGGCAAGCCUGAACCCACGGUGGAUCCUUCACCCCCAAGACUGAGCUCUGGCAAGUUUGAGUUUAAAGGUGAACACAAGCUAGCCGCCAAUUUCAGCUUCCUAAAGCACGACGCGGCUCUUUCCAGUGCACGGCCCUCGCUGGAUCGCAGCUCCCUGUUCAUGGAGCAGAUGCAGCUUUCUGGCAGCUGGUUAAAGGAAGCUGGUGCCCCGGGCCAGAACGAUCCAGCACCACCGAGCGGUCAGCACCACCUGCCUGUCUCUGCAACCAUCACUGGGCCAGCGGCAGAGGUUCAGCAGAGGGAGCUGAAGGAUUGGGACCGAAGGAAGGGGGCCCCCCUGCUCUUGAGACCCAAGACGCCAUCUCUGUUUGCUGGAGGCAAAGCAAGCAGCACUUUGCAGAGUCUCGGGGUCUGGAAAAGCCCUGGUCCCGUAAAGCCUCAGCUCAUUAGCAGCGCGUCUAGUGCCUUCAAAUCCUUGAGCCUUUUCGAUACCACGGGGACCUGUUCAGCACUAGAUUCCAAACCGCCCGAGUCUAGCGCCCCGCUGAGACGCUCCAAUAGUUUCUCCAUUCCAAAGUCUAAGGCAAGCGACACGCCCAGAGACCCCAGCAGGGUCAGCGAGGAGAUCAGCAUGGAUCCUGUGCAGUGGGCUUAUUUGAAAGAGAUUCAUGGCUCUGCUAUUGACGGGCUGUGCAGGGAGGGAGGUGUCCUGCUCGCAGAGCGCAGCAGCAAAGGCUGCACCGUGCUGACGCUCACAGCUGAGGACAGGACAAAGCUCCUCCAAGCCAGGUGGAAGAUGGAGGCUCUGUGCCAGACGGUGUGUCCUGCUCUCGUGUGCCAGAGCCUGAGCUACUCCGAACUCGAUGUGGAGGGGCCCAGCGACGAGGCUUUGAAUGAGCUGUGCAGCCUCUUGAAAGGAUGCUCUGCCCAGGUCAGAGUCAGCAAAGACAGGUACAAACUGCAUCUCAUGUGCCCCAAGGAAACACUGCUGAGCGUCAAUGAGGCCUUCCAGAGAUUCUCUGCCAGGAGGCGAAGUGCUCUGACACUUUCUUCCCCAUCUCCGGGGCUGGAGGGAUCUCCGGCCGAGGAGUAUCCAAGCCCCACGCAGCAGGUGAAAACCCAGGACCCAGCGCUGGCUGCCGAAUAUCACCAUGGCCGGGAGGGACUGCAGCAGCUGGAGGUUAGCAGCACAGCCAGCCGGUCUGACGUUUCGGAGAGCGCCUCCCAGCUGGAUGGGCCCGGGUGGAAUGGCACGAGAACCAGCAGCUACCAGCAGGCGCUGGGGCAGGAGGACCCAAGUUACCCCAGCGACUCACAGGAUGCGAGUGGCAGUGGCCUCCUUGAUGCCAGCUUGGCAGGCAGGCAGAGCCUCAGCCCAGGGGACCCCCAGGAGUUGCAGAAGGGGGAGAGGCCAGCUGGAGAGCCCGAGAUGGCCAGGAUAAAGCGGGUCCUGCCUGACAGAUUCCAGUUCGCAAGAGACAAGAGCCGAGGAGGCCCCAGUGAGGCGGGGGGAAGCCCGAGGCCCCCUGCUCAUGCAGCAGACGGCCCCCCGCAGUCCUUGCCCAUCUGGCUCUUUAGCUCUGGGACUGUCCUGCCAGCUCGGGCUGCAGAACGAGCCCCCAAGCCAGGCCAGGGGGACCCAGCAGGAGAUGGGGACUCACAGGAGACGGCGAUUUCGGAGCUGGAGCUAAGAGGUCCCAGCCCUGGGCAGGGAGCCCACGAGCACAAGCUUGGGAGGUGUGAUGCAUGCCAGAGCUCGUGCACAGCGACCUGCCGCGCCCAGUGCGGCCACGCUCUGUGCCGGACUUGUUUUGCAGCCGAAGACACGCACCCAGCCUGCUGCGGCUCCCCCAAGAGCGCCAGGGCUAUUAAAGGGACGUUCAAGGUGGUGACUCUGUCCCAGAGCCUGCCCGGCUACUUUCGAGACCCAACGCUCAAGAUCGUCUACGACAUCCCUGACGGUGUGCAGGAGGCUGGAGACCCCCGACCCGGGAGACCGUACAGGGGUGGCCGCUUCCAGGCCUUCCUGCCCGACAACAGGGAGGGGAAGAAGACGUCUCAGCUGCUGCAGAAAGCGUUUGAGCAGGGCCUGACCUUCCAGAUCCAGUCCUGUGACGGGGAGGAGAGAGUGAUGUGGCACCUCAUCCCCCACAAAACCUCUUUCGACAAGGGCAAGGCCAGGAAUGGCUACCCGGAUUCCCAGUACCUCCGCGAGGUCAGCGCUCUGCUGAGAAACUUGGGCAUCGAGUGAAACUCCCAGUGCUGAGCUGCCAAAAGCCGCUCCCUCUCUGCCACCCUCCAGUCCCAGCCGGGCUCAGCCCAGCUGGCACAAGCCACGUUCAGUACUGAGCCGCUCAGGACAGUGCCGGUUUUUCGCUGCGUGGGCUUCACCUCCACCGCACCCUUUGCUAGCCAGGAAUUCCUGUGCCAAGUGUGACGUGCACUGAGAACCGAGACGUCCAGCGGCAGCGUCUCACCAGCACCCGCCCUCGCUCUUGCUGAGUGGAAGUAAAACCUGCCACAGCUCCAGCUCCCGCUUGGAUUUAGCUUGUUAACCAGCCGCAGCUCCUAGCACAGCUGGUUUCGGCAUCAGUGAACAACGAGCAUUAUAGGCUGAGCCAUCCCCAGCUUCCAGCCUGAUGCCAAUCUCCAGUGGAGACACG